AUGCGGGAGCUCCGGCUGCUCCGCCCUGCAUGCUGCGUGAAGCAGAGGAACCGCCAGUCCCUCCUCUCCCCACCAGCUGAGCUCCCGCAGCGCGUCAUAGAAUGGGGCAGUAAUCCCGGUCUGGGACCAGGAAUAGAGCCCAGGGAGGAGCCGGGCCACUGCAGAGCCACCAUGUGUCCCUGGACGCCCCACGGCAGCCGGAGGAGGAGGAGGCGAGGGAUUCGGAUCCGGAGCCUCGUUGGACUCCAGGAGGAGGGCGGUGCUGCUUCCACCAGGAUGAACUUUGCGGCCCAGUUAUUCUACUGGAGCUACUUGAGCGAGCGACUGGAGCGGUUGUACUCGCCCAGGCCUGCACUCAAAGACAGCGAGGAGAAUGACCCCUUCUGGCAGAGAUCUCCGAUCUCUUUCUCUGCCACCUACUUCUCACAAGAGGAAAUCAAGACGACUGCGAACUUGUCUUCCAAAUCUGUGUUUAGCUGCCGCGAUUACCUCGUUAUCCUACAGGGAAUUGAACCGGACGGUUUCCCUCUGCUGUCUCAAUCCCUCAAAACCGACGGUCCAAUCAAAGACCUGCACAGCAACCCCAACAGGAAGCUCUGGUUCUGGUUCCAUACACCGGGUCCAGAACCGCCUUCACCGUUGAUCUCCUGCCUCUUCUCAGAUCUCACGGAGCGAUCGCUGGGCGUCAACACCUUCCAGUUGGCCAAGAAACUGGUGGAUAAAGUCAUCUCCGUCAGGGAGGAGGAUUCUCUGGUGGCCAUGCUGCGGUUUCAGGAGUUCGAACGCUCCACGGUGGACACGGCGGGAGCCAUGGGGCUGGCGGAUUUGGCCGGACAACUACCGGAGCUGAGAGGCAAAAGGGUUGCCGUCGUGGUGAGCAGCGCCAACAUGGAGCUGGAGCUGGUGAGGCAGUGUGUGGACCGGGCCCUGGUGCUGGACGACCGGGUCAGUAAGUUCUCCGUGCAGCUGGGAGAACGUCCGGGCGACAUGGCCCGGCUGCUGGACGUCCUGUCCCGAGAGGACGUCAGGUUGUUGGACGUCUGCCACCGGAGACAGAGCGAGAAGUCCGACGUCUUCAAGGCGAAGGUGGAGUGUGUGGUGGAGACCAGGGAUAAGACGCAGAGCGUUCAGCUGCGCAAGACGCUGAGUGAUCGUUACCCGUCUAUAUGCUGGCUGGACCGGUGAUCGCCACGGCAACAUGAACACAAACAUUUAUAUUAGGACGAAGAAGAGGAGACAACACAUCCUCAUACACGACAACCGUAUAUGAACAACCGAGAGAUUAUGGAGCGGACACUGUUCAUGCUACAUGCUACUGUUGCUCUUCAGAAGGUGAAUAUAGUUUUGUUUUAAUCCCAGGGCACGACUUAUCCCCUGUAGAUGCAGGUUUACUGACUCCCGUAAACCAACUGCAUAAAAGAUAUACAUAUAAUACAUAUUGUUUUUUCAACUGUUGUAUUUAUUUUUGUAUUUAUACUGAUGGAAGAGUCAAAUCCAAGUAGGUGUUCUGCAAAUAAAAACGGUCAGUCUC